GAGGGUGAGAGGAAGGAGCGAGUAGGUAUCUUGGUUGAUAAGGACCUCUGUGAACUAGUGGUGGAGGUUAGGAGGGUGAAUGGCAGACUGAUAACUAUUAAAGUAGUUGUUGAAGGUUUUACUUUGAACACAAUCAAUGCGUACGCAACCGAAGCAGGCUUGGAUAAGGAAUUCAAGAGGCGUUUCAAGGAGGAUUUGGAUAAGAUGGUGCAUGGAAUCCCACAUACCGAGAAGAUUUUCAUAGGAGGAGAUUUCAACGGUCACAUUGGAGUGAUGUCUAUGGGGUAUGAUGAUGUGCAUGGUGGCUUUGGUUUUGGAGAUAGAAACAGAGGAGAAACGUCCCUGUUGGACUUUGCUAGAGCAUUUGAUUUGGUGAUAGCAAAUUCGAGUUUCCCGAAGAAGAGGGAGUACUUUGUCACCUUUCGGAGUUCGGUGGCCAAGACUCAGAUUGACUAUUUACUCUGUAGGAAGUCCGAUAGAGGUUUUUGUAUACAAGGUCAUCCUGAGUGA